CCACGGGCCUCUCGCUUCAGUCCCGGCCCGAGAUGGCGGAGCGCGAGCGGAGGCGGCCCCAGCAGCCGGGCAGGGCGCGCGCGGCGAGCGGCCCCCCCCCGGGGCCCCCGGCCCGGCCGUGAGGAGCCCCCACCUGUGUUGCCAUCCCCCAUACGUGGACCCAGCUGCGAGAGGCCGGAGUGCUACCAGGCAGAGCCGUCAGGCCUGCUGGAGUGUUACCAGUGCCGCUACCUGUGCACAGCCAGAGCUUGCUGCCAGCUCGUGGAAGUUCUGCUGACCAUGCUGAUCCUGAUCUGCAGCUCUGUGUCCUACAGCUCGACAGGCGGUUACACCGGCAUUCCCAGCUUGGGGGGCAUUUACUACUACCAGUAUGGAGGGGCUUAUAGUGGCUUUGAUGGGGCAGAGGGGGAAAAAGCCCAGCAACUUGACACACAGUUCUACCAAUUAAAGCUGCCGACAGCAAGGGCAGCGAUGGCUGUGGGAGGGGCCCUGAUGGCCUUCUCUUGCCUUCUGGUUUUGGUUGGUGUGCUGCGGCUGCCAUGGCAUUUCCCAGCCUGGCUGCUGCUCGAAUGCACCCUGGACAUAUUGAUUGCACUUGGCUUCCUGCCUGCUCUCUACUUCUACUUCCACCAUCUGUUGGAUGCCUACGAUUCUCCAGUGUGCAAAGAGAGAGAGCAUCUCUACCAAAGCAAAGGCUACCAAGGCUUCAGCUGCAGUGUGCAUGGGGCAGAGAUAGCAGCUGGGCUCUUUAGCUGCAUUGCCAUUGUGGCAUUCUUGGUCAGUGCUGGCCUUGCUAUCAGGGGAUACAAAACAGUUCGUCAGCUGAGAGAGAAGCCAGUGCAGAUGUAUGAGUUUUAGGGUGGCUUGUGCAUACCCAAGCUGUCCUACCAGCUCAUCUCUCUCUGUGGCUGCCAGCCUGGACACCAAGAAGGGGCAGCAUCGUUUCCCCUGGCUCAGGACAUUGUAUCUGCACUGCUACAAUCAGAACACAGGACCAUGGCCACAACAAGCACCUUUACCAUGAGAGAACAGCUCCAGCUAGAGCCAAGCCAAGCUGCUUUUAACCAGCCCUUGCAUUUAAAUCUUGUGCAUUGUGAGCAGAACAGAUGCAUUCUUAGUUCCAUAAUUUACAUCUGCUCCAUGGCUCUGCCUCUGUUAGCAGUGACUAGCUUACUGCUUGUGCUGAGCUCAGUAUCUUGGGAGUAGAGGGGCGCCUCCAUCCCCUGAUCUGCUGAAGCAAGAUGUCCCAGCUCUCUCAUUGGCCACAGUCCCAUUCCUCCCGUACAAGGUAGAACUACCAGCACUUGGCAAGAUCCCUUGUUCAUUAGCUAAGACUGAGCUUUUCACUUCACCUUAAAUAAGCACAAUGGGACUUCAUCUCUCCUCCCAUCACCGCAUGUUUGAACAACUUUGAUUCCCAGCUGCUUGCUACAGCAGUGCAGGGAGCAGGAGAGCCCAGGCUCGGCCACUAAACCCUGCCACUAGCUCUCCUCUGAUCCUGUGUUUCCUCACAUGGCGGGGAUCAGGGAGGUCACCUUUAAACAAUGGUUCUUAUUUUUUUUAAAUGUAAUUGAUUGUAUAAGAAAAUGAUUCUACAAACCCGAUCAUUAGUGGAAGGGUGAGUGAGGACGAACACCAACCAUUGUUCCCAUAAAGCAGGGGUUCUUAAACUGGGGGUCAGGACCCCUCAGAGGGUUCUGAGGUUAUUACAUGGUGGGUCACGAGCUGUCAGCCUCCAUCCCAAACCCUGCUUUGCAUCCAGCAUUUAUAGUGGUGUUUAAUAUAUAAAAGUGUUUUUAAUUUAUAAGGAGGGGGGGUUGCACUCAAAGGUUUGCUGUGUGAAAGGGGUCACCAGUACAAAAGUUUGAUAGCCACUGCCAUAAAGCAAAGUGAUGUCACUCAGGCAGUAGCGUGUGACCCCAAUGAUUAGUUGAGUGCUGCUUGCCUGCGUGGAGCCUAGCCAGACAGCCCCCGCGCAGGGCAGGGCUUUACACUAUAGGAACAUGUUCAAUAGCACCUAGGAUUGAGCCUGUGACCAACCCAUGGGGAAAGGGCAUGAAGGCCUGGGAAUGUAAUGGAUCACAGUGGAAACAAGAGAAGACUGUCCCCUUAAAUACAGUUUCUAUAACAAUCCCACUGUGGUGGGACACUGUCCUCACCACUUAGCUGAAUGGCCAAAGUGUAGGUGCGCCAGGGCUCCCUACAGAUCUGAACUGUAAAAGGGACAAUGGCUAGGGUUGCCAACCCUCCAGGAGUAUCCUGGAGUCUCCAGGAAUUAAAGAUUGUCACGUGAGAAAAUCUCCAGGACUACAUCCACCCAAAAUUGGCAUCCCUAACAAUGGCUGCUUUAGCCCCAGGGGGAUGUUGAAGCAAUGUGUUGGCUGUGUUGCUUUUGAUCCCUGGUAUGGUGAGUGUGGUGCUCAGUUGAGGGGCUGGCAGCCCGUAGUUAGAUGGAGUAGGCCCUCUUGUGGGAACGGCUGGAGCCUGGCAGUAUUUGAUGGCAAAAGGCACAUCCGCCCACCCUUUUUCUCCUGCUACAUGUGGAGAGUUGGCUAGCUAGCUUGGCAGGUGGCCUCAUCCUUUGGCUGAGAGGGGCAGGAAGACCCAUUUCUGGUGUAAGCUAGUGCUGUUGCUUUUUUCCUCCUCUUGUCUCUGCUUUUCCUCUGCACUGUUUUGCCAGUGUGGAAGGCAGUCUGUGCUGUUUCUCUCCCUGUAAUAAAGGCCCAACACAACUCAAGGGAACAAGAAAUAGCUGUGUCCUUGUCUGAGCAGAGCUCCGGGUGGACAGGCAUUUACCUAAAUUCUGUAGACCAUGUGUUCUCACGCUGGAGGGCAUAACACCGCCUGCCCUUUGUUUAUGGCUAGACAGGAGUAUCUUGAAGGGUUUUUUUUGUUUAUAACAUGGGCUUACAGCCUCCAACUGGUUGAGAGCCUUG